GCGGGGCCGGGGCGGGCGGGGCCGCGCGGCUCCAGGGCUCGCAGCGACGCGGAGCCGGACGCCGGAGCGGCGGCAGGCCAGGAUGGGGGACGCCGCUAGCACCAAGCUGGGCCGGCGGUGAGGCAAGGGGGAGUAGGGAGGAAGAGGAUGGAGAGGGGGGGGCGAAGGUGAAGGUGGGCCCCCCCCCCUCCCAAAAUAUCCCCCACCCCAUCGGGCCAUCACCAUGGCGACGAAUUUUAACGACAUCAUCAAGCAAGGCUACGUGAGGAUGAAGAGCAAGAAGCUGGGGAUCUACCGGCGGUGCUGGCUGGUCUUCCGGAAAUCCUCCAGCAAAGGGCCCCAGCGCCUGGAGAAGUACCCGGAUGAGAAGUCGGCAUGCCUGCGUGGGUGCCCCAAGGUGACUGAGAUCAGCAACGUCAAGUGCAUCACCCGGCUGCCCAAGGAGACCAAGAGACAGGCCGUGGCCAUCGUUUUCACUGACGACUCUGCCCGGACCUUCACCUGCGAUUCGGAGCUGGAGGCGGAGGAGUGGUACAAGACGCUGUCGGUGGAGUGCCUGGGCACCCGCCUGAACGACAUCAGCCUGGGGGAGCCCGACCUGCUGGCGCCCGGCGUGCAGUGCGAGCAGACGGACCGGUUCAACGUGUUCCUCCUCCCCUGCCCCAACCUGGACAUUUACGGCGAGUGCAAGCUGCAGAUCACCCACGAAAACAUCUACCUCUGGGACACGCACAACCCCCGGGUGAAGCUGGUCUCCUGGCCCCUCUGCUCCCUGCGCCGCUACGGGCGCGAUGCCACCCGCUUCACCUUCGAGGCCGGACGGAUGUGUGACGCGGGGGAAGGUCUCUACACCUUCCAGACGCAGGAGGGCGAGCAGAUCUACCAGCGCGUGCACAGCGCCACAUUGGCCAUCGCCGAGCAGCACAAGAGGGUCCUGCUGGAGAUGGAGAAGAACGUCAGGCUUCUGAACAAGGGUACCGAGCACUUCUCCUACCCCUGCACCCCCACCACCAUGCUGCCCCGCAGCGCCUACUGGCAUCACAUCACUGGCUCCCAGAACAUGGCCGAGUCCUCCAGCUACGCCGGGGAGGCGUACGCGGGCGCCCAGGCCAGCUCGGACACCGACCUCCUCAACAGGUUCAUCUUGCUGAAGCCAAAGUCCUCCAAAAGCGAGAAGCCUGAAAGCAGGGAGCCCACAUCGUCCCCGUGAGCUGGCAGGGGGGGGACUGUGGCGGGGGUCCCCUUUUUCUUCCCCGAGGGGUGACAAGGACGCAGGCAGCUGCCCCUCCAAGUCCCCCGGGAGACCGAGCUGGGGCAUUGUCUGUGUGAAGACCUUGGGGGAGCAGGCGCCGACUCGCGCCUUGGCCUGGCGUUACAGGAGGCAACAGCUGGCUCUGCCUCGACUGACUUGAAAUAUAUAUUGAAUAUCCGUAUCAUAAAAGAUUUUUCCUUCUCACAUGAACGCAAACUUCGUGGCCGCUGAAGAGCUCUCAGGCGGGGAUGCUCAGAGGUUUUUGACUCUUGGGGAUCCAGCUGGGAGGUGGAGAAGAGGGGAAGGGCAGGGGGGCGUCAAGAAAUUCGGUGUGUUUUCUGCAAGGGGGAAGGCUGGAGCAUCACCCCGCUGCGGAGCCGGAGGGGCGCUGGAGGAUGCGUGGGCUGAAGGUGCGGGGUCCCAGCAUCUCGCCCCACCCCCAAGAAGAGCAGGGUUCUCCUGGGGACACCCUGCCGCCCCUGAGCUGAUUUUUGCACUUCUCGAAGCUAUUGAAACACUCGCUGUAGAAUUGAGACGUCUCAGGAGAAACUGGUUUUCCUUCCAGGGAGGGUGGGCUGGCGGCAGCCUCCCCGGCUUCGCUCCUCCAACCCGCAGCCACUCCCUGGGCUGUGCCCCCCUCUUCCCCCCAGAUUAUCUGGUGCUGGGCAACCCAGGGACCAGUUUUGGCCAGUAGCAUCUGUCCCUCAAAGGGCAGCUCUGUGGAUAUAAAGAGUCCCUGGGUGGAGAAGCCCGGGCUGUCGGGGGGAAGCGCUGCAUUCCUCCAUGCAUUCCCACCGUCUUCGCUCCCCCCUUGCCCACCGGUGCGGCCGGGCCAAAGCCCUCGCCCGAGGGAAGAGCUGGGCUUCAUGUGCUGAACUCAAAAGCAAUUGGAUUUUUUUUCUAGUUCUCCUAUUUAUUGACCUCCUUUAGAAGGGCUAUCUUUUUAUUGCCGUGCAAACCUUGGUGUUUCUUUGGAGUCUUCUUUCGGGCUGGGUUGGGUGGUCAGUGGUUUUAUUUCCGCCCUUGAAGCUCCAGGUCCGUGCUUUGGGGAGGGGGAGUGUCGUGACGUGGGAACCUGUGGUCUGUAAAUACUGUGUCUUGGGUUGGUGUAGCUUGUGGCUGAGGCUGGGGAGCUGCUGGGGGG